AUGAAUAUCAAAAUGCGUGGACUUUCUGGGUAUCACAUAAUGAUAGUUUCUAAGUACUUCAAGACUAUCAACGACUUUAUUAACUUGGAGUUGGUAUGCAAGAAGUUUGAAAGAAAUAUGGAGAAGUUCCAUUUUAACCCGAUUCCGUUAAAUUCCAAAACACUCGGAUAUUUUCCAAACAUCGAGACACUUCACUUGUGGAAUAAAGAAGAUGAGAAUUUUGGCAAUGAAUUUAUGACAAACACAGAAGAAAAUAAAGUUGUUUUGAAAAAAGAGUUCUUUCGAAUCAUUGUGUGGUUCAAUGUUGAAUUUGAAACUGUUGACAGAAACAAAAGUCCAAACAUCGAGUUUGAAAAUGUCACUUACACUCAAAACGAUAGCGAGAUAUUUGGUAAUAACAUACCAUCGAGUAUAACAUCAAUUAGUGAAUAUUGUUUUGAUGGAUGCAAUAGUUUGAGUAGUGUCAACAUACCAUUUGGUGUGACAUCAAUUGGUGAUUGGUGUUUCAAUGAAUGUAUUAAUUUACGCAGUGUUACUAUACCAUCAAGUGUUAAAUCAAUUGGUUAUGGUUGUUUCAGAAAAUGCAGUAGUUUGAUUAGUAUUACAAUACCAUCGAGUGUGACAUCAAUUGGUAAUUAUUGUUUUUAUGGAUGUAGCUGUUUAAGUAGCAUCACAAUACCAUUAAGUGUCACAUCAAUUGGUUAUGGUUUAGAGUACCGUGAAAAAUCACUGCGGCGUGAAAUAUUACUGCGAAUUGUUAUUGGGCAAAAAAUAAUGUUAUUGUUGCUUCUAAAACAUAAAAAAUAA